CUUGAACAAUCAUCUUUAAUUAUGCGACACUAUUUUAUGAUGUGAUAAAAAAAUAUUAAGGCUCUCCAGCUACAAUCAUCAAGUAGCGCGUUUAUCCAGUAGCAAAAACAUGUUUGGUUGAAUUAGCCGCCGCCCGCAGCAGUAAAUGAUUCACUUUGAGCGCGCUUAAUCACGUGAAUCUCGCCUUAACGAUAGAAAAUGACAGUUUCAACAAAGGAGUCCUGUCUUAAAUCUUCAGCAUGGAUCUCGGAUUAGACCGUAUAAAAAACCUACUCUAUGCAUUAGGUAGCCCAGAGAAAAGUUUAUCGGUAAUCCACGUUGCUGGAACGAAUGGUAAAGGCUCCGUUUGUGCCUAUAUUGCCUCCAUUCUCAAGGCAGCCGGAUUCAAGGUUGGCCGGUACAACUCUCCUCACUUUUUGGAGCCAACAGAUGCUAUGCAGAUAUGUGGCGAAAGAAUUGAUUCAAUCGAAUACAAAAAUCUUUGUGAUAGAGUAGCUUCUGUUGACAAGGAGAACAAUUGCGGAGCCUCCACUUUCGAAUUAUCCACAUCCGCAGCUAUCCUUUGGUUUUACGAACGCAAGGUUGACUUUGCAGUCAUUGAGGUUGGUCUGGGAGGAACUUUGGAUGCCACAAAUGUUUUUGAGGAGGUAGUUGCCAGCGUCAUCACGCCUAUUGGCAUGGAUCACGCCGGUAUACUUGGAAACAGCAUUGCUGAGAUUGCGUCUGCAAAAGCCGGUAUCAUCAAAGCCAAUUGUCCAGUAAUAGCAUCACCUCAACCCGAAGCUGACGCAAUGGAAGUUGUUAAAAGAACAGCACAAAGGCUUUCCAGCCCCUUGCUAAUCUCCCCUAUGGCGAGGUGGUGCUCACCAACCAGGGAAUGGGCCACUGUGGAUAUCCAAUAUCCGAAUAAUUUACCACCUACAACCUACCAGUUCAAAAUACCAUUGUAUGGGGACCACCAGCUCGUGAAUGCAGCUACUGCCGUAUCUACUAUACACGUACUGAAGAAUGCAAACAAACAUGUGGGUUUAAAAAUUACUGCAGAGCAUAUCCAGAAAGGAAUGGCGGAUACCCGGUGGCCAGGACGCUUGGACUUGUUGACGAAGGAGCAGUGUCCAUGGUUGACAGAGAUGUACAGCAUAGAUGAAAUGUUUGUGGAUGGAGCCCAUAAUCCUCCAGCAGCCCAAGUACUACGAGAAUUUGUGGAUCAGCAAUGUCAGACGCGAAAUAGGGAUAAAGUUCAAUGGAUCAUAGCUUCAACUGAGGGAAAAGACAUAAAGGAGCUUCUGAGCAUAUUAUUACGACCACAAGAUUCGGUGUGUGCUACAACGUUCACACAACCUGAGAAUAUGCCGUGGAUAAGCCAUAUGGACCCAACUGAAAUCAGGGACAUUGCCGCGACCGUCGCUUCUGGACCCUGUAGCGUGGAGCCAUCCCUCGCACAGGCAUUACGAAACGCUGGGCAAUCUGAGGGUUUGAUUGUCCUUUGCGGCUCAUUAUACCUCGUAGCGGAUUUAUAUCGCUUACAUAGACACAUUUAAAAACACCCACACGACACGCUUCUAAUUUGUAAAUGAUGACAUUUUAUAUAAAAAUGCUGACGUUUUGAACAAUUUCUUUUUUUUUGAGGGUUGUUGUUGAACAUUGGUGUUUGGUUAUAUUAAACAUGCGCACCGUCCAUUUGUAACUUCUAAUGUUGCACUUGUUACCGGGGUCGACCGAGUAUUAUAUCCACAUUUAAUGAGCAGCCUCCUCAGCUUCUUCAGCAACGGGCUCUUCAAUCUCCUUGUCGUAGUUAGCGAGCUCUUCGGUAAGAUCCUCAAC